AAGACGUAAAGAUAUCGACUGUCUCUGAUCAUGCAUCGGUCGUACAGUGGUCCUGGAGGGUCCAUCAGAGAAACAAAACUCUGCCUUCUGGGAGAUGCUGGUGUGGGAAAGUCGUGUUUAGUUCAUCGUUUCGUGUCCGACACCUUCAACGCUGCCUCUCCGCCCACCAUUGGGGCAGCCUUUAUGACCAAAAUGAUGCUUGUGGGGGAACAAGCAUUCAAGUUCAAUAUUUGGGACACUGCAGGCCAGGAAAGGUUCAAAAGUUUGGCUCCACUGUAUUACAGAGAUGCUGCUGCUGCCAUUUUGGUUUAUGAUAUAACCAGGGAUAGUUCAUUUCAUGCAUUAAAAAGCUGGAUCAAGGAGUUGAAAAGAUAUGGACCCCCUGAUAUUCUUAUAGCCAUUGCAGGAAAUAAGUGUGAUAAGGCUGAUCAAAGAGAGGUCAAUGAGGAAGAAGCAGAAGAAUUUGCUAAUAGUGAAGAGGCAAUAUUUGUGGAAACAAGUGCUAGAACAAACAAGAAUGUACAUUGGCUCUUUGAAGAGCUUUCUCGAAAACUACCUCAAGAACAAGCUGAUCCUCCAUCAGGAAGAAGCACUCUUGUGCGACCUAAGCAAGCUGAUGAAGUAUCAAACAAGACUUGUUGCUCUCAAAAAUAACAGCCAAGGAAGCCAACUUAGUUGCAAUUCUUGCACACAAGAUGCUGAUCUCCAAUCAAAUUUCUUAGAGAGGGCUUGGAAAAACAGUUGUUGCUCUUUGGGAACACAGAGCCAAUGUGUAAGACUACUUUGGAGGCAACCCAGAGAGAAGUUGGAUCAAGGAGACAGCAGACAUAUGAGACUUAUCUUAGAACAUGAAAUUAAUUAAUAGAUAAUGAAGAAUAGGCAAGACAACAUAAUUAACAAUUUUUAUUGUUGUGAUCAAAAUUAGAUUAAGUUUCAAGUUUGGUUUUUAUGGUAGAAAAGUUCCUUGGUCAGCAUGAAAAGAUUGCUUAUAAUUUCAGAAAAUUGUGAGCAUUUCAGCUUACAUUCUCACAAUGAUGUUUGGGAACCAGUGAAAUCCUCGAUGAUCUAAAAGGUUUCAGACCCAUGAAAACCAAACUUGACAGGAUGUUUUGUGCUUGGUAACAGCCAGUCAACAUAUAAAUAAGGGCUGUAGGAAGCAAUAGGCUGUGGGUAUUGUUAUUGACACAAUAUAAAUAUUUUCAUAUUCAACAUACUUAAUUUUUCAUGCUAUGCAAGGUCACCAUACAGAUGUUUAUCUGAUAGAAAUCCAUAGUUUCAGAGUAUCUGCCACAUGAAUUUUCCUCAGUCUGUACAAACCUUAGCACAAGUGUGAACCCUUUUACUCUUAAGGUUACCGUGCACCUUCACAGGUGUCUUGCAUGCAAGCGAUGUAGGGCGUCUGGUUCAAACUGUAGA